AUGAUGCCCCAGUAUGAUGCCCCCAGUAUGAUGCCCCAGUAUGAUGCCCCCAGUAUGAUGCCCCAGUAUGAUGCCCCAGUUUUGGGGUUUGAGGUGGACUCCAUCAACUCUGUCCAGUUCUCCAACCAUACAGGUUAUUCCCACUGGAAGGGCCAGGUGUUGACAGCAGAUGAGCUCCAUGUUCUGUAUGAAGGGAUCAAACUGAACAAUGUACACCAGUACGACUACGUUUUAACAGGGUAUACCAGAGACACAUCCUUCUUGGAGAUGGUGGUGGACAUCGUUCAGGAGCUAAAGAGAGCCAACCCCAACCUGGUGUAUG